CAUCCCGAUUGUUAUUGUUAUUAUUAUUUUGAGUGUUUGUGAUAACUAUUCGUAUAAUAGGUCACCAUUCUAAAUUUCCAACAUCCACCUUAUAAAUUGUAAAUUGUAUUUUUCAUUAAUAGAAUUGUUGUCUAUUUUCUUUCGUGAACAGUAAAUCAGAAACAUGAAUGUCAAUAUGUUGUAUGGUGGUGACGAAAUCGGUGCGAUCGUGUUCGACUUGGGAUCGCAAUCGAUGCGCAUCGGUGCCGCCCAAGAUGAUGCCCCAAAAUGGGAAAUACCGUCUAUGGUUGGCAUAUUGAACGACGGUACACCAGAUACGAGUGUGUUGGAACCAGGUGCGAAAUCCGUCAACCGGAUCAAUGGGAACACAAAAUAUUUCACUGAUGUUACGUCAUUGCGUGUCCCUCGUAAAGACAAAGAAGUGAUAAACUGUAUGAAAGACGGCAUGAUCGAUGAUUGGGAUUUAUUCGAAAAGAUUGUUGAUUACUCUUACUCAAAAUGCUUACAUACAGAGUCAAAGUAUCAUCCAGUAUUAUUUAGUGAAUCACCAUUAAAUACUAAAUCUAAAAGAGAGAAACUGGUGGAAUUAAUGUUUGAAAAAUAUCAUGUGCCGGCUGUAUAUCUAUGUAGAAAUGCUGUAUUAGCUGCAUUUUCUUGUGGUCGUCCUACUAGUAUUAUCGUUGAUAGUGGUGCAGUACACACGUCUGCCAUUCCCGUGCACGACGGCUAUGUAAUACAUUCUGCCGUUGUCAAAUGUCCUUUGGGUGGAAAUUUCAUCAGCAUGCAAUGCAAAGAGUUCCUGGCUGAAAAAAAUAUCGAAGUGACACCACAUUACAUGGUCGCACAAAAAACACCGGUAAAAGAAAAAGAAAAACCAAUAUGGACAAAGAAAAGAACACUACCAGAAGUGACAGACUCUUGGUAUAAUUAUAUGUGUCAGUCAGUUAUUCAAGAUUUUCAGCAUUCUGUGUUGAAAGUAUCUGAAACUCCGUAUGAUGAGAAAAUUGUAUCAACUCUACCAACUUCUCAUUAUGAAUUUCCUAAUGGAUAUAAUCAAGAAUUUGGCAAUGAAAGAUUCAAAAUACCAGAAAUGUUAUUUGAUCCUAGCCCUAAUAUGGGUGGUUCUAUGUUAAGCAUGAGCCAUAUUGUUGUCACUAGCGCAGGGAUGUGUGAUGUGGACAUAAGACCUACCUUAUACAACAACAUUGUUGUCACUGGCGGAAAUUCAUUGAUACAAGGUUUCCCAGAGAGAUUAAAUCGGGAUCUCACAGCUCGUGUACCACCUAGCAUGAGAUUGAAAAUGAUUUCACCUAAUGGAUCUGUUGAGAGGCGAUUUGGUGCCUGGAUUGGUGGUUCAAUAAUAGCAUCAACCGGAACAUUUCAACAAAUGUGGUUUAGCUGUCAAGAAUAUAAUGAUGGAGGCAAAGGUCAAAUUCAUAACAAGUGCAAUUAAUAAUGCCAAUAUGGGUUCCCCUGGUUUGAGCAACGUUUACUAAAAUUACAACUUAUUUACUUUUAUUUUGUACAACUCGUUUGUGCACAGAUUAUAUGCACACAUUUUCACUGAAUAAAAAUAUUAAAAGGGGACAUAGUGGCCAAGUGGACUACGGCGUUGGUUCCAAAUCGGUUCGAAUCUCGACCACGGGCGGCUCCUCUAUCUGGGCAGGCAACAGUCUAGAGAGAGAUGCUGCCAUUCCUCGACUGGACAUGGCAGAAACCUACAGGCGCCUAAUUUGAAAUUCUGCUAGAACCAAACACACGUGUUUACCAAAAACCUACAAUUCCCUCCCUCACAAUUGAAAAACCACCCAAUGGACUAAGUGUACCGUUACAACCGUUAUAACCUAACCCAGAGUUUCUUAAACUGUGUUCCACGGAACCCUGGAGUUCCGCAGAGUUCCGCAAUUUAUUGCCGUUUAUUAUGAUAUUAUGUAUUUAUUUAUAUAUAUUAAACUGGUUGUAAAACCCUUUAGCAAAAUACAAAAUAAUUAUGUGUACAUUUUCUGCUAAACUUAGUAAUAAGAUUAUUAUUGGAUGUAUUUCGUACUCAACAUUUGUUUGUUUGGUUGAUUUUUAUAUUUAUGAUGUAAUGUACAAUUUAUUUUAUAAUUUUAGAU